GACCUACAGAGAAACCUUCUGUACCCCAGAAGCCACCACAUGCUGACGAUGACUUUAACCUGGAAGAUGCUCUUUUUCCUGGUGACCCCAAGGAAGAUCUACCUGCACAUCCUGGAGACACUGGACGAAAAGACUUAGAUCCAAAGAGUGAUGGAAAGCCUGGGGGCAACUUUGAUGAUUUGGAUCUAUCUGACGGCAGUUUGCCAAGAGGACGAGAUGAUGGCGGCAGUGAUGGACGAAGGGAUGCAAAUCCGAAUAAUGGUGGAGAAUCUGAGGCUUCUCAGGGAGCCAUUGCUGGAAUUAUAAGUGCUGUGGCUGCUACUGUAAUUGGAGCAGUAUCUAGCUUCAUUGCUUACCAGAAGAAGAAGCUGUGUUUCAAACAAAGCGCAGAUCAGGAGAAUGUGAAUAUGGAAAGUCAUCGUGGAGCACAAUCUGAGCCACCUGUACAGCGCACGCUUCUGGAGAACUAAAUCAAGGAAAACAUGAUGAAGAACAGACCAUUAAAACUGGAUAGAGAGCCUGCUUUCUGCCUUAAAAAAAAA